UGCAGCGCGGGGGAGGCGGGAGGAGUGGAGCUGGAGCAGGGACAGCAGAGCCAUGCUGGGGACCGUCCUGCUGCUGCUGGCCCUGGCCAAGCCGGCGAGCCCGAGUGCGGCCAGUGCGGCGAGCCGGCGGGCUGAGGCGCUGAAGAAGCUCCUGGAAGUUUUUGGCAUGGAGGACCCUCCACCCCCCCCUACUCACUCCAAGCAGCCGCCCCAGUACAUGGUAGAUCUGUUCAACACCGUCGCCAACGCAGACGGUGUCACCAAGAACCCCGACAUCCUGGAGGGCAACACGGUCCGCAGCUUCUUGGAUAAAACUCACGGGGAGAAGAUGCGGUUCCUCUUCAUCCUCUCCAGUGUGGGCAAGAACGAGAAGAUCCUGACGGCAGAGCUGCACCUCUUCCGCCUCUGGCCCCGGGCCACAGAGGGGCCCAAAAGGCACCACUUGUGCCAGGUCAGCGUCUACCAAGUGCUGGAGCAGAGCGAGCCGGACGCGCCGGGAGGGAAGAAGCUGCUGGCGGCCCGGCUGGUCCCACUGCAGGGCUCGGGCUGGGAGGUCUUUGCCAUCACACAGGCUGUUCGUGAUUGGACUGAAGAUGAAAGCAGUAACCAGGGUUUGCUGGUGACGGUCCAGGGCCUGGGAGGGAGCCUGCUCGAGCCCUCCCCGCUGCAGUUUGCAUCUGGCAAGGACCACCACGAGAGCAAGAAGCCCAUGUUGGUGCUGUUCACUGAUGACGGGCGCCGGGGAGCGUCUCAGCCUGCGGUCAGCUUCCCAGAUUUACAGCCCCAGGCUCCUGCUCUCCCCGCCAAGAUGCCGGUGCCCAGGGUGGCUGGGUCACGCCGCACACGCUCGCUGGACCGGCUGCAGCCCUGCCAGAGGCACCCGCUGUCUGUGGACUUCGAGGAGAUCGGCUGGUCCGGCUGGAUCAUCUCUCCGCGGGGGUACAAUGCCUACCACUGCAAGGGCUCCUGCCCCUUCCCGCUGGGUGAGAACAUGCGGCCGACGAACCACGCCACAGUGCAGUCCAUCAUCAACGCCCUCAAGCUGAGCGAGGGCGUCAGCAGCCCCUGCUGCGUGCCUGACAAGCUCUACUCCAUCAACCUCCUCUACUUUGACGAUGACGAGAACGUUGUCCUCAAGCAGUACGAUGACAUGGUGGCCGGGAGCUGUGGCUGCCACUGAGGCAGGAGGAGCAGGAAGGUGGAAAUGCUGUGGCGGAGGCUCCCGCUCCUUCCGGAGCAUCUCUGGGGGGGUGUCUGUCCUGCAAAACCCCCCAAAGAGACCAGGGUGAGCAAAAAGCGCUGCCCCGGGUGGCAUCACCCCCAGCAGCGCCCAGGAGGCUCAGGGCUGAGCGCUGGUUAAAUCGGCCUGAAUGAGCCCGUGUGACCCGGCAGCCCCGGGGCAGCAGCUCCGUUUUGGGGUGCCCUGCACGGGGGUGCAGGUUUCCUGGCCCAGGCAGAGGCUUCCCGCAGGCUGUACUAUAUGUAUAUAGUGAGAGCACUAAUAUAUGACAGAAAGCGCCUGUACAGUGUCCUGUAAAUGUCUUUACAUUUCUGCUUUGUUGGGACUUGCAAAAUGAACUCAGAAGAACUAUUAAAAGUGCUGUUCUCUGAGGGUCUGCUUGUGGGACUGCUGGCUGGCCGGGGGCGAGCAGACACGCUGCGGUGGUUGCCGGGGGUGCAGGCAGAGAGUUGAAGAUCCAGCCACAGCACAGUCUCCGGUGGGCAGGAGGU